AUGUCCAGCCAUUGCUUAAGACACUUACGACAACUGCGAUCGCAUUCGUGGCCACGGAUUGUCUUCUCGCGGGCAGCCAUCGCUUCAGGAGCUACCAGUGCCGCCGCUGUGUCCACCAAUCGACGGCACAUACACACCACUCGUGCCACGGCUGCCGCCGAUGACUACUACAAGACGUUGGGUGUGGACAGGAGUGCCUCCGGGAAGGACAUCAAGAAAGCCUACUACCAGUUGGCGAAGAAGUGGCACCCGGACACCAAUAAGAAUGAUCCCACGGCUGCCAAACGCUUCCAACAGGGCUUCCACUCCAAUAUAGAUCCCGAAGAGUUGUUUCGCAAUAUUUUCGGCGACUUUAGUAAGGGUUUCAAUGGUUCCCAGUCUUCGGGCGACGGCUUCGACUUCGAGUACUCGGCGCCACAGGAGUUGCAGUUGAGUCUCAGCUUCAAAGAGGCGGCCAAAGGGUGUACUAAAGAGGUGAAGAUCAGUGUCAUCGACACGUGUCCCAAGUGUAACGGUUCCAGGUGCGCUGAGGACCAUAAGCCGGUUAAGUGUCCCUACUGUCAGGGCACAGGUAUGGAAACGAUAAGCACCGGCCCGUUCGUGAUGAGGUCCACGUGCCGUAUGUGUCGCGGGACGCGACUCCACAUCAAACACCCGNCGUCGGGAACGUCGUCGCACAGCCGCAUACGACUGGCCAAUAAGGGCAUCCGGAGGGUCGAGAGCUACGGCUUCGGCGACCACUAUAUUCACCUCAAGAUCCGAGUCCCGCAGUACGUCUGUGCCAUCGGUGGCGGUGUUGAGCAGUGUUUUAAUGCGCGAAAAUUGUCUCAAAAGCAAAAGGCGUUGGCCUUAGUGUUGGCUGAGUUGGACGAGUCAAAGACGAAGGGCACCAUUAAUGGUAUCAUUGAGACCACGCGCGGACGGGUAGCUGAGGGCGACUCAGAGCACGAGGAGCUCGUCAAUAAUAUACGCAACGCGUUAGAGGCGGAUGCGGAGGAGUCGGAGGACAGGGCGGCCGAUAAAAAGGAGUCCUAAUAGUGUAGUCAGCGAUUAGGUUAUGUUUUUGAAUUCACUGUUAUAUAAAUAUUAUCUUAAAUUUUG